GGGGGCGGCUUCCCCGAAAGCGUUCUUCCGGCUUACAUGUCGCGAACGGAGAAAAAAAGGAAAAGAAAAGACGAAUGGAAAAAUUGUAAUCCUGAAAAGGAGCGUUGCUUUUGAACUCAGCGAAACGGCAAACACCUGUCGUUGAAAAAGGUAAAUACACCCGAAUGAGCUCUCAGCAAUUCCCACGACACGGGCUUCCCGCCUCGAACCCAGGGGGGGCUCCACUAAUGCCCACCGGUGGAAACCUGGUGCCUGUCAGUCAGCCGUCAAACCCGCAAGCUGUUGAAGCUGCGGACGGCAACCAGCAGGAGCACCCGCCGGCGGGGUGCGGCACCAGCACGGUGGCGUUCCGGGACGACAAGCAGGAGACCAUGGUGGUCCGACCAUACCCGCAGGCCCAGACGCACGGGCAGCCGCAGCCCGUCCCGCAGGCGCUGCCCAUCCAGCCUGGCGGCCCGCCCGUGGCCUUGCCUGCUCCGCCGGUGCAUCUACCGCAGGGCCAGCCCGCGGUCCUCACUGAUGGACAGAUGAAGGCGGUCCUGAAGUCCCCCAUGCCGAGCCGCCUGAUCGCCCCUGCGCCAGCUUCCAACCAGGGCCACAUCCCCAUGCCCCCCAAGGUCCCGGGCCACAUGACGUCGGCCCCGGAGAGCAGCAGCGCCACCACGCUUUCUAUUCCCGUGGCCACCAUCAGCGGACAGCAGGGUCACUCCAGUAAUUUGCACCAACUGAUGUCGGCCAACAUCCAAAUCAUUCGAGGCAGCGGUCCCACGUUGCAGAUCGGGACCCCUGCCGUGCCGCCGCAGACCUUCACGUCACAUCUACCACGAGGCGCAGCUGCAGCCGCUGUCAUGUCCAGCUCCAAAACGGUCCUCCGACCGGCCACCGGAGCAGGGGCGGGCCCAGGCCAGCCCACCGUGCAGCACAUCAUCCACCAGACUAUUCAGUCUCGCCCGGCUGUGACGACAUCCACGUCUGUGCUUCCCACCGUGGUGGCACCCAUUUCAGCCACGAGGACCCAGUCUCCCGUCAUCAGUCCCACCGCCACGCACUCUGCAGAAGUGGCUCACGGGCGUCCCGGCCUGACCAUUCACCCGCCGCCGGCCAGCAUCAGCAUCCAGAGGCCUCAGACGUCACGUGACACGGCCACGCGCAUCACGCUGCCGUCGCACCCGGCCAUCGGCGCUCAGAAACCUCAGCCGCCGCACACCAUGGCGCAGAAGCCCAUCUUCAGUACCGUCACACCAGUCGCCGCGGCCACCGUGGCGCCCAUCGUUGCCACCAACACGGUGCCCUCGACCACCUCUAUAGGUUCCAUGCCGCACACCCAAAUGAGCAGUAACACUAUUGUCACCAUGACGAUGGCCUCCCACUCGUCGCACGCCACCGCCGUCACUACCUCCGCCAUCCCCGUCGCCAAAGUGGUGCCUCAACCCAUCGCCCACUCGUCAUCUCGCGUACAGCCCGACUACCCCGGGGAGAGGGCCAACCUCAUCCCCAUCCAGGGCCAUCGCUCCUCGCCCAACCCUGUCACCAUGGAGCCCAGAAGUGACAACAGGCCCCCCGUUCCGGUCCAGUUCCAGUAUUUCCUGCCGACGUACUCGUCGUCGUAUCCCUUGACUCACACCUACACCCCCAUCAGCAGCUCUGUGUCCACUAUCCGUCAGUAUCCUGUGACUCCUCAAGCUCCAAGUAACGCGCUGCCUACCCAGGCUGGCGUCGGGGUGGCAACCACCGUGCACCUCAACCACAUGCAGCUGAUGGCAGUGGACCGCAUUGGCCUGCCGUCGGCGCAGAUCAGCACCCAGGGCAUCCAGCCGACACCCAUCGCCACGCAGGGCAUUCAACCGGCGCCCAUUGGCGUGCAGGGCCUUCACCCAGGUACGGCGACCAUCGGCGCGCCGGGCCUCCAGCAGGGUGCCGGCACCGCUCAGCAGCAGCAGCCGCCCACCGAAGCAAAAUCCGGCGUGGUCUUGGCCGACAGCUUUGUGGCUAACCCGAUCAGCGGCACCACUCAACCGGUUGGCACCAUGGUGCAGACUCAUGGCCAGGCAGGGGCGCCCACCCUGGUGUCCUCGCCGAGACCCAGCAUCCUACGUAAGAAGCCGACCACCGAAAGUUGUGUUCGGAAGACCCUCAUUCCCGCUCAGCCCAAUGAACCGAGCAGCAUCAGAAUUGAGAGCGGCGUGAGAGGGGCCAGUUCUCCCCGACCCGCGGGAGUCAAACCCAAAGCUGAGGUACACAUGGCGGUGGCCCCUCCCGUCAUGGCCGCCGUGGAUGCGCUUCCCCUGCCGCAGGGUGGCGAGCAGCAAGCGAUGGCGGCAUCGGGCGCCCCGCACCUCGCUCAGGCCCUGCCCGCCAUUCUGGCCACGCCGGGGCCUGCGCCACCCUCGCAGCCCUCCGCUGUCCUCUCGGCCCUGCCCGCAGCCAUCGCGGUGACGCCACCCACCCCCGCCUCCAUGGCCAACACGGUGGCGUCGCCCACGCAGCCGGCCCCCAGCAGCACCGCCUCCUGUGUCGCAAGCUGCCCCGACGUCAAGGUCAAGCAUGAGGUGGACAGCGUGAACACCUCGCAGCCAGACUCCGCCAACCCUGCCCUGAAUGCCCAGUCUUCCACCCUCAACGUGGCCCCCACGGGAGACCUCAUCCCCGGGGCAUCCCCGAGGAAGAAGCCUCGCAAGCAGCAGCACGUCAUCUCCACCGAGGAGAGCGAGAUGAUGGAGACAAACAGCACCGAUGAGGAGAAGGCGCCCGGGAGGCCCGUCACCGGCAGGGCCGAGCGCAGAGAGUCUCCCCCCAGGGAAUAUGUCGAUGAGGAAGGGGUGCGCUACGUGCCCGUCAGGCCCCGCCCACCCGUCACCCUCCUACGGCACUACCGUAACCCCUGGAAAGCCGCCUACCACCAUUUCCAGAGGUACAGCGAUAUCCGUGUCAAAGAGGAGAAGAAGGGCACCUUACAGGAUAUGGCCAACCAGAGAGGCGUAGUGUGCCGAGCGCAAGGCUGGAAGAUUCACCUGUGUGCCGCACAGCUCAGACAGCUGUCUAGUUUGGAGCAUGAUGUGUACAGCCGGCUGUCCUCUCUGCAAGAGGGCCUCAUACCCAAGAAGAGAGCGAGCGCAGACGACGACCUGCACCGUAUCAAUGAACUCAUACAGGGCAACAUGCAGCGCUGCAAGCUGGUAAUGGACCAGGUGACAGAGGCUCGGGACACCAUGAUGAAAGUCCUGGAGCACAAAGACAAAGUUCUGAAGCUGCUAAACAAGAACAGUUCCGUCAAGAAAUCAUCCAAGCUCAAGCGGAAGGAGCGGGCAUGAGAUUCCCCCUAACUCACGCAUCCCUUUACCCCCCGCUCAGAAUCUGGUGCUAUGAUCUGCUUCAUACAAUCACAAGCACCCACCGUGGGCAAACAAGUGGCUGGCGGGGAACCUUUUAAGGUUCAUUUCCGAAGACCUCAAGAGACAGUGUUUGCUAACUUAGCUUCCGCCAGGUCGCCGAGCCGUGGCGCGAAAGAGCCAAGAAGGAGUUGAAAAUGGUAACCUGAAGACCAACCUCAAACGUGCUGUUUUUUUGUUUUGUUUUGUUUUGAUCAGUGCCUUCUUUGUGUUUGCCGAUGAUUGGACCGCCGCCAUUUUGCGACGAUGUGUGCUCGCCUGUCACUCGUUUCCCGCCGAUUUUUAGCACUCUCAUUCGAUGAAAUUUCUCCUCGGUUCAUUCAAGGGGGAGUUUGCAGAUUAAAAACAAAUCACUUUUUGUCAAAAUUGUUUCACUGUCAGUAGAAACCUGACAGUAAUUUAAAAUAACAGAAUUUGUUGAUUUGAUGUGGACGUCAGAAACAUUGGACAAAACUUCUAAUAGUACAUUUGUAAAUUGAUCGAUGGAAAAA